UUGCAAGCCAUUACUGGCGUCUGGGCUCAAAAGGCGCCGACUCCGCAAGCACGCCAUGAAAGUUCGCCAUCUUCGUUCCUCCACCCCCGCUCCCCGCGCGCCAGCAUGGCCGACCACAUCAGCAUCGUGCGAACACUCUCGGUGCGCGAGCGGACAGAGGUGCUGCGCGAGCGCACCUUCUCCGUCCUCGGACGCGUGAGCACGUCGGUGCGCAACUCGUUCAACGAGCUGCGUCGCUCCUCCAACCAGAUCAGUGUACACUCGCCGAUUGAUGCCGAGACUCGUCUGUCGAUCAGCACCCGUCGGCCUCGACGCGUGCGAAGCGGUCUUCACCCGGACGCUGGACACAGCGAGAAGAGCGGCGAGAAGGGCGGCAAGUCGGGCAAGGGCGAGCAAGGGCAAGAUGAGGACGGGGUCUCAACUCUCGACUACGUCUCGGCCGUCUACUCGCGCCGCUCAAGGCCAGACUCGCCGUCGAUCUACAGCAAUGAGGAGGAGGGUGACGACGUCCGUGCCCGUCUGCACUCGCUCAGCUGGCCGCGUCUCACGAUGUGCCUUGCCGUGGAGGCGGUGGGCUUGGGAUGUCUUGGCCUGCCUGCUGCGUAUGCUACGCUUGGGAUGGUGCCCGCACUCCUUGUCACAGCAUUUCUGGGCAUCUUGUCGAUGUGGUGCGGCGUGCUCGUCGGCGAAGCGUCGCUGCUGCAUCCUGGCGUCCGAGACUUUGCACGCCUCGGCUUCUUAGUCGCUGGCAAGGCAGGUGCCGUCAUCACAGGUCUCUGGCUCAUCCUCGAUCUCGGCUUCGGCACGAGCGGCAAGAUGCUGACCGGCGUGCUCGCGCUCGAGGAGAUCAGCGGAGGAAAGAGCUGCAAGAUCAUAUAUGGCCUUGUUUCCCUGCUGGUGUGCACGCUUCUCGCACUGCCAACCUCCUUCAGCGACAUCGCCUUCCUCGGCUACGUGGACUGCGUUUCCAUCAUGAGCGCUGUCAUCCUCACAAUCGCUGCGGCCGGCCACGAUGCAGCAGCUCGGCCCGGAGGCUUCUCCGCCGGUACCUGGGUUGCAUUCCGCACCGAGAACCCGCCAUCGCUUGCUGAGGCUAUGCUGGCCGUAUCGAACAUCUGCUAUUGCUUCGGCGCCGCUCAGUGCAUUCCGACGAUGAUGGCACAGCUCUCGAAGCCGAGGGAGUACAAGAAGGCUGUCAUCACGCUUGGCACCUUCAUGCUCGUGCUGUACACCUUCAUCGGCGCCGUGACGUACUACUUCAUCGGCGAGGGCGUGCGCAGCCCGGCACUGCUCUCCAACUCGCCGCUCGUGUCGAAGAUCUCCUUUGGCCUUGCACUGCCCGUGAUCUUCAUCAGUGGAGCCAUCAACACGACAUGUGCUUCCCAGUUUCUGCACGACAAGAUUUGUGGCGACGGCGACAAUCGGCUGGACAAGGCCGAGCGGUCACGCAUGUGCUAUGUCAUCUGGGUGUCUCUCGUUGUCGGACUCAGUCUCAUAGCGUGGGUUACGGCUGUUUCGGUGCCCUCCUUCAGUGGCAUGCUCGGCCUCAUCGCCGCUCUUACGAUCUCCUUCUUCUCGUUCACGGCGCCGGCCCUGAUCUGGUUCAAGCUGCUCAAGGACGAGCGGCCCUGGUACGUCGGCUCCAACCUGUGGAAUGCGCUCUUCCACGGCGCCGUCGUGCUCGUCGGCCUGUUCAUCAUGGGCGCCGGCACAUGGGCGAGCGCGCUGGAGCUGAUGCACACGUGGUCGAACGGCAAGCUCUGGGUGUGCUGAGGCGGGUACGAGAGGGAACGACAAGAAUCGAGCAAGCAGCCUUGCCGACAAUGUAUUCAUUGCGAAGCU